AUGGUCCUGGUUGUUUCCUUGACUGAGAAGUUGCAAGCAAAAGAAGACCCGCUUCCGGUGGAUGCAGCCCAUGUUCCAGCCAUGCAGUUCACCAUGAAGGUCGAGGAUCGGCUUAGCAUGGACAGCGGAGAAAGCGCAGUGGUGGACGAGAAUGGUCCACAGCUUGUGGACGGUUGUGAUUCAUACCUCCCUAGUGAAUACUACCCUGGAUGUGUUGCAACACCACUUGAAGGGAUCCAAUCAGAAGACGAUGAUGGUAGUGAUGAUGGCCGGAGUUACUUCUCCAAUGCAUUUGUUGCAACGGAAGAGCAACACCGUGAGGAAGGAGAGACACUGGGCUGGUGGGUUGUUUCCUUGACUGAGAAGUUGCAAGCAAAAGAAGACCCGCUUCCGGUGGAUGCAGCCCAUGUUCCAGCCAUGCAGUUCACCAUGAAGGUCGAGGAUCGGCUUAGCAUGGACAGCGGAGAAAGCGCAGUGGUGGACGAGAAUGGUCCACAGCUUGUGGACGGUUGUGAUUCAUACCUCCCUAGUGAAUACUACCCUGGAUGUGUUGCACCACCACUUGAAGGGAUCCAAUCAGAAGACGAUGAUGGUAGUGAUGAGGGCCGGAGUUACUUCUCCGAUGCAUUUGUUGCAACGGAAGAGCAACACCGUGAGGAAGGAGAGACACUGGGCUGGUGGGUCUGGUCUUAA